ACACCAGUUCCUUCGAGUUUGCAGAUACACUUCUCUGAUGAGUGUCUAAAAGUAUGAGACCUAAGACUUCUUGCUGAUUGCCUUCAACCAUCUUAUCAAUGUAAAACUGUACAAAAGUGUAUCACUUGCCACAUUUCGGAGCACACAUGGACUAAAGUAAAGGGACAGACGGAGACAGACGAAGAAUAAUUAAGUGAAGAAUAGUGAAGACUUUUGGAAUCCGUAUUAUAAUAUGGAGUGAAUAUGGGCUUACGAUAGUAUUCUAAUUAUGAUGCUGUCAACUGGUUCUGUAUGGUUUAAUGACAUCAACUUGCUGUGUUGACCGAUGUGUGUCCUUCAGUAGCAGAAAAACAUUUAGCGUUAAAUAUGUCUAUUUCUCCUGUGGUACCGCAUGUAACAUGUGUGUACAAUUUCGAGACAUACAUGCAUGGAACUGCAGAAAUCACUAGUAAUAAUUUCAGUGUGACUUCAUUACAUGGUGAGAAAUAUAAGUACGAGCAAGUUUCGCAUGGAAAUUAUUCUACAAAUACUUCAGUAAUAAAUUUGAAGGAUGUACCUGAUUUAUCUGUUUGGGACGAUAGAUCUGUACUUAUUUUGGCUGUACAUCGUCUAAAUUUCUCUACAGAACCUACUUGCCCCGAAGUCUAUCUAUGUGCUAUUCCUAACGUUAGACACAAAAGGACUUCAGAAUGUGAAACUAGUUUAGGUGAAGUUAGUGGAAGUUGCCAAGAUGAAAUCGACGAAACUCAUUUUUUCUUGUUCCCACUUGCAAGCUCUUUAAAGAUUUCAGUUGGCAAUGUUGGUCAGAACCCAGACUCAUUGAGCAGCAGCAUGCAUAUCGUUGUUACUGCUGGGUAUCGUUUACCUCCUACUGCAUUUACUUGUCCAUCUGGCUAUUUCGCUUGCCAGUUAUUCAAUAGACUUAUUGAACCUCGGUAUUCCCCACUAAACUGGACAUAUCGUAUAUGUUUGCCCUUGGAUUUGUGGUGUGAUGGAGUACCUAACUGUCCAGUUACUGGUUCAGAUGAAGAGAACUGCUCCGCUGUACCGCCUAACAGUUAUGCGUACUUGGAUUCACAGUUUCAAAGUGAAUAUCAAAUGCUUGGCCGUGUUUUAGAUCGAUAUGCUGAGAAUACAAGUCUAUUACGUUUAACUGGAUUUCAUAGAAUUUCUGACAAGUCAAGUAUAUUUUUGGCAUCACUUAACACACUCUGGUAUUCGUUGGGAUUGCUUUCAUUUAUUUCAGUGAUAGGUAUAUUGACUAUUGCAUAUAGACUGUCGAAAAAGAAGAAAGAUGGUAAUGCCGUUCAAGUCGUUGAAGAAAAAAGUUAUGCUGAAAUUUCACACAGUAGCAGUAAUGCUUUGAAAAAUAAUACUGAUAAUAGUUUUUCAGAAGUUGAUUGUUAUGAAGAGAAAUUAUCAAAUAGUAAUAAUAAUAAUAAUAAUAUUUGUGGGACAAAUAAGAAACUCGAUGGUUCUAACAAUGUUUAUCAUCAUUUUCCUUCAAAUCAUACACAUUACAAGAAUUUUUAUGUAGAUCCAGUUGGUUGUAACCGAGAAAGUGUUCCACUUAUUCAUGGGCAGCGUCCAGAACACUAA